UUCACAUCUGGACUCAGGAGUUAUGACUCUCCAACCUACAAGCGUCCCGGACCAAAACAACACUAAUGGCACGGAUUGUCCUGAUCUGUACGGCUGGGAUUGGCUCUACACUGGUCAACCAGUGUAUAUCCUGCUCAUCACUGUGCUGGGAAUCAUGUUCAAUGUGUUUGUCCUGAUGGUUUUCUGCUUUCACAAGAAGGCCUGCACUGUGGCUGAGAUCUACUUGAGCAACCUGGCUGCUGCCGACCUUCUCCUGGUGUGCUGUUUGCCUUUCUGGGCUGUCUACGUAUCCAACGGUUUCGAAUGGCCUUUUGGUCUGUUCAUGUGCAAAGUGGUCAACCUGGGCAUUAAGAUGAAUGCCUACAGCAGCAUCUACUUCCUUGUUCUGGUUAGCAUGGAUCGCUAUGUGGCACUGGUGCAUACAAUGACCCAUGGCAGAAUGCGCAGGCCAAAAUAUGCCAAACUGGGCUGUCUGCUGAUGUGGGGUUUCGGCUUGCUCCUGAGUGUUCCCACACUCGUCUUCAGGGAAGUGAAAUAUUUCCCUGAAUAUGGUGUAACUGCAUGUAUUCUGGAAUACCCAAACCUCACUACAGAGUUGUUCUUUGAUGGGCUGUUGGUCGUUUUUAGCUUCAUCGUCCCCAUUUCCAUUAUCUCAUUCGGCACAGUCAAGAUCAUUCAAGCUUUGAAGAUACAGCUGAUAGAGAGGUUUAAUGCUGAGAAAACAGAGCAGAAGGCCACCAAUCUGGUGCUGGCGGUCCUCCUGGCGUUCUUUAUCUGCUGGGUGCCAUUCCACGUGGUCACCACACUGGACGUGCUCUUACGAGCUGGCAUCCUGAGAGGGUGUCACCUUGACUCCGUCCUAGCAAUCUGCAAUCAGAUCUUCACCUACCUGGCCUUCUUCAACAGUGUUCUCAACCCCAUCCUCUACGUUAUUGUAGGAAAGAACUUUCGUAAAAAACUUUGUGAACUCUUCAAGGAAUGGAAGAUUAAAAAAACAACCACAUCUGAGUCCUCCCGUUCAUCAAACCUAUCCUCUACACUGAAAACUUUGGCAUAAAAUACUGCUUUUAAAAGCACUGUUCCUAUCUAUCUACUUUGCAGAAAGAUGUCUGUAGUGGAAAGUCUUUAAAUAGUCUUGUGCAAAUGUAAUUCCUUCUGAUAUAAGCUUAUUCAUUAUUAGAUUUGUAGUGAAUGUAAUUGUGUAGUAGGCCUAAUGUUUAAUGUAAUCCCCCUUCCUCAAAUCAAUCUUUGACGAUACGUUUUCUCAAAAAGAUUAACAAGCUUUAAUUAUUUUUAAAUGAUGUUGUUAUAUGUGUAAGGCCACACAAGGCUUGAUUUGUUUGUCUCACUUUUUAAACAGUUUCACCACAUGCAAUAAACAACAGCUGGCCUCUUGUUAGAAACAUUU